AUGCCCCUCGUUCGCAAACGCCAAGUGGCAGACAUAGACCCCGCCAACUCGCAUGAAACAAACAUCCCUCGUCGUCCACGCCCCUCCGAGGCGUCACCCUCAGGAGACACCACCGGCGAUGAGGGUAUGCGCGGUGGGGCGCACACGUCCGAAGAUGUGAUGGUGAAGAAACUCGUGCGGUUGGCGCUGGCGAGCGAGUACUCGCGUCUUCAGAUCCGUCGCAAUGACAUCUCGCAAAAAGUCCUCGGAGAGAACGGAUCGCGGAAGUUCAAGGUCGUGUUUGACGAGGCGCAGCGCCAGUUGAGGACGAAGUUUGGGAUGGAGAUGUCCGAGUUACCGGCCAAAGAGCAGGUGACGGUUCAACAGCGACGGGCGGCCAAGAAAAAGGAAAAGCCCUCCAGCAGCAACACCAAAUCCUGGAUCGUGACGACCGUCCUCCCACAGAAAUACCGCACGCCCGAUAUCAUCGUCCCCACCAAAGCGCCCUCGGAUAGUGUUGAAGGCGCGCGCACGGCGUUAUACAGCUUCAUCAUCGCGCUGAUCUCGCUGAACGGCGGCACGCUCAACGAGCAGAAACUCGAGCGGUACCUCCGCCGCACGAACAUGGUAGCCUGGACACCCUGGUCGGAGAAGUUACCGGAUUAUCUCCAACGGCUCGUCAGACUCAAUUACUUGGUACGGAUCAAGGAGCAGGACAAUGGAGAAGAAAUUAUCGAUUACAUGGUUGGCCCGCGGGGAAAGCUCGAGGUUGGCUCAACCGGCGUAGCCGGGUUUGUGAGGGAGGUUUACGGGUUCGGGUCUACAGCCCAAACAAAUGAUGAGGAUGGGCCUACGCAGAUCGAACAAGAAUUGCGCGCAAAUUUCGAGCAGCAGCUACGCCGGAGUUUGGGAUUGAGCGCUCCGCGAGAAGAUGCUGAAGGUGAAGAUCACGCCGGUACUCCAGCAGCGGCAGGUCAUGGAACAGGCGCGAAUAACCGCGGAAGACGGGAGUCUAGACGUGCUACGACGGCUGCUUCGGGAGAGGAAGAGGAUGAGGAAGAGGACGAAAGCGAUUGA